AUGAAAGAUUCAAUUUUUACACUGCCUACCCUUCCAUCAGAACUUAUAGUUGAAAUCCUGUUAAGGGUUCCUGUCAAUUUCCUCUUGCAGUUCAGGUGUGUUUCGAAAUCUUGGCUUGCUUUAAUCUCUAGCCCCAAAUUUGUCAAAACCCAUCUUAGUUUAUCUGUUAAGAACAAAGAUUACCCACACCACAGGGUUGUUUUGACAGUCAGGAAUGAGUCCAUUUCUGGUGAAUCCCGACCCGUUCAUAGCUAUUAUUCUCUUAGCUCUUUACGUAAUCAUUCUGUAAUUGAUCCAUUUGUCUUGGAUUUUCCCAUGAAGAAACCGCAACAAGGUAUUUCCAUUGUGGGUUCGGUUAAUGGUUUGAUUUGUGUUGCUAUUGGGGAUGGUGACUUAUUUAUAUGGAAUCCAUCGAUAAGAAAGUUCAAAAAUUUGCCUGAUUCUAGACUUAAACUUGAAGUAAGUGAGGGUUAUGAUGGUAUCCCUUGUGGUGUCAUAUAUGGUUUUGGAAAUGACAAUCUAAAGAGUGAUUCUUGGAGAAAUAAGGAUGAUGUUCCAGAUGGGGUGGAAUUGAUGGAACCAUGUGAGUUUUUAGACGGGAAGCUUCAUUGGGUUGGGGGGUUUAAUGGUGGUGUUCAUCAUAAGGAGAGGACCAUCAUUUCUAUGGAUUUGGCUGAUGAGAAAUGGGGAACGUUGGAGCAGCCCCUCUAUACAGGAGGAAACUUUUUUGCGUGGCUUCAAGUGGUGGGAAGUGAUCUUUCUAUGUCUUAUUACUAUAUGAGAAGUCAGACGGAUGUGUGGGUUAUGAGAGAAUAUGGGGUUAAAGAGUCUUGGACAAAAACAUAUACCGUCAAGUAUCCUGAUAAUGUGUAUGCUCCUUUUAUUUCUCGAAAACUUUGCAUGUCAAACAAAGGUGAAAUGUUGCUUGUGUCUGGAUCGACUUUAAUGGCACACAAUCCAGAAGAUGAACCUAUCAAAUAUCCAAAUGUUACCCCAUGUGGUCACUGUGUUGGGGUGAACCUCUAUGUUGAAAGCCUAGUUUGUCCCCUUUUACUGAAUGAACAAAGUACAGAACAAGAAUGA